AUGCACUUGGCUACCCAGUUUCGCAUACUCCGUUACAGAAUGGAGAUACUGUGCGAAACAACCACAGAGACGGAGAAGAGUAGUGAAAAGUUGAUUCCCUGUAAUCAAGUUACGGAAAGUUACAAUAAAUUUAAGAAUUGCGUGCAACAACAUCUGGCGCUCAUUAAUUACUGCGAGGCGCUCGAGAAGGUGUUCACGUCAAUUACGCUUGUGCAGGUUAUGGUAUUCAGCGUGCUGAUUUGUCUGUUUGGGUACCAAAUAUUACUGGCGCAGUCCUCCAUAGGAAGACGUUCAAUUUACAUUUCCCUACUUGUGGGCAGCAUGGGUAUACUCUUCAUGUACACUUAUAGCUGCAACGGCUUAAUGGUGGAAAGUGACAAAAUCGGUGAAGCAAUAUAUUCGACAAUGUGGACACAAAUGCCGAUGAAUGAACACGGACGGAAGCUUCGAAAGGAUUUGAUAAUGGUUAUGCUAAGAUCUAGACGAAUUUGUUGCAUGACUGCAUAUGGAUUCUUUCCAGUUUCAGUUGAAACUUACAGCACGAUUCUGAGUACUGCUGCAUCAUAUUUCACAUUACUAAGAAGCCGUAUAGAGUAA